CCUGCCUGAGCUCGCUCCCUCCCGGCGCCUAGAGCGGAUGGCGGAAGCCGGCAGGAGCCCGGCGAUGUCCCCGGACCAGCCAGCCGGUCAGGAGGCGGUGGCAGCGGAGGCUCUGGACCCCGAGUCCGAGGCUCCUGGCCCACCCGUGCCUGCCCUGCGCUGGCUUCCCGGAGACCUAAGUCCCCGCGGCCGCUCCCAGAGUGACCUGUCGUCGGCCUCGAGCCGGGGCCGCCCGCUCAGAGUCCACAUCUCAGGCUCAGUCGAUGGACUAGACAAAGCCUCCAUAGCAAACUCAGAUGGCCCCCCGGCAGGUUCCCAGACCCCUCCCUUCAAGAGAAAGGGGAAACUCUCCACCAUCGGUAAAAUCUUCAAGCCUUGGAAAUGGAGGAAAAAGAAGACCAGUGACAAAUUUAGAGAAACGUCAGCAGUAUUAGAGAGGAAGAUCUCCACCAGACAAAGUCGAGAGGAGCUGAUACGAAGGGGCCUGCUUAAGGAAUUGCCUGACCAAGAUGGAGAUGUAACAGUUAACUUUGAAAAUUCAAACGGGCACAUGAUACACAUCGGAGAGGAGUCUACCCAAGAGGAGAAUGUAGGGAAACCUGAAGAAGGGAAUGGCUCUGUGUGUGAGAAAACACCACCUCGGGAGGAAAAGGCAGAAGAGAAGACAGAGAAUACUGAAAUCCACUCUGAAACACUGGCUGCUCCUGCUCUACCUCCUCCAGUUCCUCCCAAACCUAAACCCAAACCUAAACCAAAAAAAUCUCCUGUGCCUCCCAAAGGGGCCACUGCUGGGGCCAGCCACAAAGGGGAUGAAGUGUCUCCUAAUAGAAAAAUUGUCAAGGCUCCCAGUAAGCAGGCCCCCAUCCCUCCACCCAAGCCAACAAGCCGAAACCCACCCCGGGAGGCCGCUGGUUCUUCUCAUCCGAAGAAAACAGCUGGCUUAAAAGCAUCGGCAUCGCCAUCCACUUCCUCCACCUCUUCUCGUCCCAAAGCAUCCAAGGAGGCACUUGCUAGCAAAACAGGCGCAGUGGGCACCACAAGGGGCAAGAAAAAACCUGGCAAGCAGCUGGCGACCUCCCGGCUGUCCUCAGACACAAGCACUUCUGGCACAUCUAGUGUUAAAGGGGCACCUUCAGACAGCGGGGUAGAGAGUCUCAAACCAGAGGAAACUGUUGCUGCAGCAGAGCAACAGGCCACAGGCAAAUCCAAGGCUGUUGUCCCUGCACCAACGGCGGCAGCACCAGCUUCUCCGCCUGCUCUUCCUCUGCCCCCUGAGGAUCAGUGCAUUGUUGCCUUGGACACUCCCGUGGUCCUGGUCAGUGAUGGACCUACUCUGCCCGUCUCUGCCUUAGACACAAGCCAGCCCCUUUGGGCUGAAGAACCGACCAGCAGAAGCACUCCGUACUCAAGCGCUGACUUCAGUGGUAGCAGAGAACAUGCAAAAUGUUUUAUAACCAAAGAUGAGCUGGAAACAGCUGGACCUCAGUUGCUGACUCCUGAGCAGAUGGGGGACUCUUCAGAAUCCUUUAAUGCCCCAGAGGAUGAGACCCCAAGAGAGUACCAAGCCAAUGACUCAGACUCAGAUGGACCCAUCCUGUACACUGAUGACGAUGAGGAAGAGGAUGAUGAUGAUGAUGGCAGUGGAGAAAGUGCUCUGGCAAGUAAGAUACGACGAAGAGAUACUCUUGCCAUCAAACUUGGCAACAGACCAUCCAAGAAAGAACUGGAGGAUAAAAACAUCCUACAGCGAACUUCUGAAGAAGAAAGGCAGGAAAUCCGACAACAGAUUGGGACCAAGCUGGUCAGGAGACUCAGCCAGAGGCCAACAACUGAAGAAUUAGAGCAAAGAAACAUCUUAAAACAAAAGAAUGAAGAAGAGGAGCAAGAAGCCAAAAUGGAACUCAAACGGAGACUCAGCAGGAAGCUUAGCCUAAGACCUACAGUGGCAGAGCUACAAGCCCGAAGGAUCCUGCGGUUUAAUGAGUAUGUAGAAGUGACCGAUUCUCCCGACUAUGACCGCCGAGCAGACAAGCCCUGGGCCAGGUUGACACCCGCAGACAAGGCAGCAAUAAGAAAAGAACUAAAUGAAUUUAAAAGCACAGAAAUGGAAGUUCAUGAAGAGAGUCGUCAGUUUACCAGGUUUCAUCGUCCAUAAUGAAGUGUGGGACUGCUCAGAACUAUACACUGAUCAUCCCUGGCAGAAGCCCUGCUUCCUGAGACCCUGACAUUGCACUGAGAUUUGAAUGUGUCUGUUUCCAUUUCAUUGUGAAAGUGUGCAACUUGGGUUUGGUUAGGAGUGUUUCUUGCCUUCAUAGCCCAGACCAGGCCAACAAGCUGAGAGCCAGAUGCAGCAAGCCUGGCUGCCCAGAAUGUGCGAUGAUAUAGGGGGCACCCUGGUUUUCGCCACUGUUCUUCAUCAGGAAUUUUAAUCAAAGAAGACAAGCAGAAGACAAUCGCCAGAAAGCCAAAUGGUAUAGUGCGUGUGCAUUCACAAACAAUAGGCAUUGGAAUAGCUGGUGGUCACCCUAACAGGGUGGGAGCUAAAAAUAGGAAUUAUUAUGUUAAUGAAGAAGAUCAUUAUGUUAAUGAAGAAAAGAAGAAUGAAUAUAAGUAUAUUUUUGAAGUAGGCAUUUGGUAGCUGAGAACUCGCUAAGGGAUUUGGGAACCUACUCACCCAAUGCGGACUCCUUAAAGACGAUUCUAGAAUAUUCUUGUUUGACGAUAAGUUGGUUCUGUGUAGUUCCAUUUUUUUUUUUAAUAUUGUGCCAGUGAACCCAGUUGCCAGAAACAAAUCUGAGUGUUUGUCAAAUGCAAGAAGCUUCAACUAACUCUUCCCAAGCAUGCUUGCUGGCAUUGUGUUGCAUGCUUUAAGUAACACAUGACGUUUUCUUAUACUGUUUUCCUAAUGUAUGAACCCUCUACAUGGGAACAGAAAUAAGGUCAGCUAUAACGUGACCCUGUAAACCUGUUGCAAGCUUUAGAGUUAGAUCUUCUAAUCUUACCCUGUCUUAAUUAUCUCCAAAGUUGGGAAAAUGUUCAUUAUCUAAAGAUGAUCAGGACAGUCAUGGCAUCCUUUUUGAAAACUCGAUCCAGAGUUGCAGCUUAAGCAACAUACAAAAGUGUCUGCUGCUUGCUCCAAGUUGUGAGGAAGGAUUUUUAAAAAAGAAAAGAUAGGUAGUUUUGAAUACUGCAUUAAUUUAAAAAAAAGUUUAGGUUGCUGCUAUUAAAAAAAAUAAAACAAUAAAAACCGAGUGCAUGGAUUUAAGAAAAAAUACCCCAAGGCUUAAAGGAACACAGAAAUCUGCUGGUUUCUAUAAAAGGGUCUUUAUCUUCUAUGAUGAACACUGAGUCACAUCCAUACAUACAGUAUUUACUCCCCUUGCCAGAGAGGCACUGAGAUACAGCUGAAGACCAUUUCCCAUGACCCUAUAAUCAGAAUUGUUUACAUUAAGAAGCUUCCUCCCUCACACUGCUCUUCUCUGUGGUGUCAGCCCCAGCACAGAGCCCCAGAGGGCUCCCUUGUGAAUACUACCUUGGAUUUCAUCCCUUAACAAUUGGUUUGGGCCCCUUGUAUUAAAAACAUACGCUUUCUUAAAGAUAGAAUCUAUAUUACAUCUAUCUUAUUCUUUGAUCUGGAACUAUGAUAGUUCUGAAGUGUUUCUGCCUCAGAAUGUGGAAGCCUGUAAUUUUCUAUUCUGCUGAAAAUCAGCAUUUAAUCAGUUGAAUAAGUGUAGGUCCUGCCACUCUGUGGUAUUUGAAAGAACCACUUGAAAUUUGAUGAUUUCAUUUCAAAGAAACAGUGAUUAGCUGCAGUUGUCUAUUACGAAAAGCCAGGAGGACCAUUCCAUGAGGUAGCCAGCAUUACCAUACCCUUCGUUGUGCUUAGCUGUUUGCAUUAAUCAAACAAAGCAGCGGUCUACACUAGUUCGUCUCACUAAUGGCUUAAGACAGACUUUGCUUUUGAAAUAAUGUCUAUGAGUGCCCUGGUAUUCGUCUUUGGCUGGGGGCUUGUUUAUUCUGUUGCUGUUUUGCACUGCUGGGAUGAACCAGGCCUUGUGCAUGCUCUGCACACUCUAACCCCUGAACUACACCCAUAGCCUUUGUUUGUUUAAUAGAGUCUCAAUUCGGUCAUAGAAAUUAACUUUGUUCUUGUUUUUGCAAAGAAGUUUUCCUUCUUGAUGAUACUCUACGAUCAUCUUAGUGUCAUGAGAAAAAUGCCAAGGCAGAUAAUGUUUCUUUGUUCAUGCUUAUAGUCUGAGAACAUUUUAAAACUUCUAAUUGCAUCUUCUCCAUACAUUGUAAAUGCAAGGCAGGCGCACCAGUUUAUUCAAAGUGUGUUUGUAUUUGGUUGGUAAAAAGAGCCAGCCUUUUUUGAGCCGGGCGCAGUGGCACGCACCUGUAAUCCCAGCACUUAGGAAGGCAGAAGCUGAAGGAUCUCUCUGAAUUUGAGGCCAGCCUGGUCUACAAAGUAAGUCCAGGACUACACAGAGAAACCCUGUCUCAAAAAACAAACAAACAAAAAAAGCCAACCUUUUUCCCCACUAUACAAUUCUUUCCACAAUGAUAUUCACCCAUUACAAAACAAAACACAAAAUGCUUUGCAUACUGAAGCUGCCCCCAGUCAACACCCCUGCACUGCACAAAUGGAAACUUGUCUCCCUGGUACCAUCUGCCAGAUUUACGAUACAUAUACCUCUUCAUACCAAUUGAUACAUUUGGAGGAAACAUUUGUAAGAGAGACAUUUAAAAAGCUAAAAAUUAACUACCAGUAAUCUAAUAUUUAAAUAAUUGAAACACUGGUUACCUCAUUAUAAUGAUCUAUUAAACAUUUUUAAAAGCCAUGGAAAGAAUUAAAAUAUUAUGAGCCAACAGUAGUUCUCAGAUAAGGCUCUGUUUUCCCGGUUAAUUUUUAAAGGCAGAAAAGUUGAAAGGCUGUAUAGCUCAGCACCAGCCCACCCACAGGCCUCCAGUUAGGCCCCACAGAAAGCAAGGGCAUGGCUCCCUCUCCCCACAAUUAGGCCUCUGCCGACUGCCAGCCUAUCUGCAUCCCAACAAGCAAGCUGCUGUUCUGUAAGAAAGCAAAUGUGUGUAGAAAUUGGAGUUAUUUUUGUUGCAGUUUUCCCACAAUUCCAGUUUUUUAUUAAAGCACACUAUUAGGCCCAUAGAGCAACUGAGUGGGUUUUCCUGACUCCCAAGAUAUGAUGAAGACUCAGGAAGAAAGGACUAGAUCAAAUAGCAAAGCCCAAGUGGCCAUUUCCAUCCUGGUUUUUGAUGGAGGAGGAAACCCCUGUUGCUAUUAAGGUAAUGAGAAGACACUAAGUCCGUCAUUAAGCAGCCUCAUGAUCACUAACAACCAACAUGACAAAAGCACUCUUCUAAUCUGAAUUCACUUGGGGCACCUUGACUGGUGCUUUCCUAUACGUGUGAAAUGUCUUGUGGUUUUGUGUUGCUAUGAUGAACGUUUAUGUUUAUUCCUUAAAUCAUUUAAUCAAAGUCUACAAUAUGCAGAGCACCAUCCUGGGUAUUUGAGCAGCUAUUAAUUAAAGGAAAGGCAAACAUAUCAAUCUCUCUGACUUACCCAGAAAUGCUGCCUUUCUGGUUUUUGGUUUGUUGUUUGUUUUUUUUUUUCCCCCCCAUCUUUAUUAGCCAAAUGAAGGCAGUCAGUCAUAUGUCUCUGGUGUGAGAAGAAAGUUCUGAAAUUUAAUUGAGAAUAUAUUGAAGGAAAUAAAAGACUAAUAUUUUGGCUCUUCAAAAUCACCAAAUAAAGAUAAUUUUAAAAAGACCACUGACUGCUCUUCCAGAGGACCCUGGUUCAAUUCCCAGCACUUACAUCUGUCAUCCUCACACAGACAUACAUGCAGUCAAACCUCUAAUUAACAUAAAAUAAAAACAAUUAUAAAAAAAGUCACCAAAUAAUGAAAAUGAAUUGUGAGCCCUUAGAAACUGCCAGGCUUUGUACCUAUAAUCAAUUCCAUAGUGAAUUGGCCCUUUUUCAAAAAAUACAGUAAUUUGUCCUUAAGACAGGAGAUGUGGGUUAACACCAUAUGUCCAGGUAGACCUGACAGCAACACAUGAUAGACAAGACCUGUGAUGAUUAAGCUGUCGGUUCAAUAGAAAGAGGAUCGUCUACCACAGAGCAGUAUGUCUGCAUCUGGACAGUAAAAUAAGGGUUUCUAUCUCGCUCAAAAAGUCCACUCUGUGCUAUUUGUGCAGGAUCCUAGCAGCAUAUUUUAAAGAAAUAAGCUUUCUUUAGUGUAUGUGAAACAGACUUAAGUUUGUGGAUGUAUGGAUUCAUGUCAUUUUACUUGGUAUGGUGAAUUUGUUUAUGCAUUCCUAAAUCCCCACUUAUCCACUUUACUAGUACAAGAAGCUGUACUUGGAGAUCGUUAUUCCUUAGAGAAUACAAAUUGUCCCUUCACCCCUUAAAAUGAUUAAUCUUUUGUUAGUGUUUGCUGUCUACUUACUGGUGAUAUGUUUUGUUUAACAAAGCAGAAUGAACCUUUAGACGAUAUGUGCUAGAGGGGACAACAGUGACAAGAAUAAGCAAUUGUCACAUUAAUGGGAACAGCUUCCUGAGAGAAAGAGCAUUCCUAGGCAGCUCAGACUCAUGUUCCAAAGAGGGGCUCUAGGUUCCACUUCAAAGCCAGGCAGGGACCAAAGGGUGAUGGAGAUGAAGGUAGAAAAUCCAAAAUCAUUCUCAUUUUUGCUUUCUAUUUACUUUUUCUAAUUGUUAAGCCUACAACCCUCUUUCAAAACAUUUCUAGAGAGCAACUGUAAUAGAGACCAACCUUUUUUUAUGAUGGUAUUUUGUUUUGUGUUUUCUAUGUUUGUUUUUUGAGGCCAGCUUCAUCCCAAAUUAACAAAUCUCAUUUUAUAAAGUGCAGGGAUUUUGGCAAAGAAAAUAAAGCCCUGUGGCUGCUACUUCUACUAAUGCCAAUUUCUAGCCAUAUUGGGUUUUACUGCAGAAAAAUGGCAUUUAGCUUGUUGCUUCUGUCACAGCUGCAUGUGAACAAAAAACUGUUGAUAGAUGUUUCCCAGUGGGGUGCUGUUGGCAUUUGGAUCUGGACAAUUCUUUGUUGUGCUGAAAUGUACCACAUGUUGCAAGAUGUUCAGUAUCCCAGGCUUCUACUCAACACCAGGAUCAUUCCCAGACAUUGUAAAAACCAAAAUAUAUAAAUAAACAAACAAACAAAUAAACAAACAAAUAAAUAAAUAAGCCUGCCCACAUAUUUAUCUACCUGCAUAGAAGGGUGGACCCCUCAGCUGAAUAGUGCUGUCUGCUGCAACAAGGACACGUGGGGGAAAGAGCCUACCCCCAAAUACCAUCUCUCUUGCCUUGCAUAUCUCUGAUCCACUUCUCCUUCAAGCCUUCUACUUAGAUACAGCUGAAAUUGGCCUGUCCUGUAAGAAAGAGGUUCCCAGGUGGUCUUGUCCAUUACAGUGGGCAGUGGGCAGAGUGACUUGGCCUGAUACUUCUGGAGAGAGUACGUGAAGCAAACUCUUGUUCAUUACUUCACAGUGUCACUUCAGAACUAGACUGCUGGUCGUCGGAACACAGUGGCUUUGAAUAAAACAUUGGUCUUUGGAAGUCAACACUAGAUUCUACCCAGUAACCCUGUGGAUGGAGCUGCAAAAGACUCUCACUCUUCCUCCUGUUGACAACACACUUAAUCCACAUGAAAAUGCUUGGAUUCAUCUGUGCAAACAUAUCCAUACAGUUCAGCUUCUCUAAUAAGAUGUGCAACUAUGACAUUGUGACAGAAAUGUAAGUGGCAGAUUGCAUUCAUAGUGUUCACACCACAGAUAAGGCAAAAACAAAAUGAGUUUUCCCCAGGUGCAGCUCAAUCAGCCUGUGCUAACCACACAGAAAGAUACUGUUUAGGCCGCUGAAACUGAAUAGUCAAUACAUCUUGAGAAACACUUAGAUGAAUUGCAGCUAGCUGCAAGGAUGGAAUUAAUUCCUCCCACUCCAAUAUUUUAAUAUUAAAUUUCUAAAGACACUUUUUUUUUGGAGCAGAGCAACUCAGAGUCAGUAAAGGUGAUUAUAGCGUAAAUCUAUAUAGAUGGUGCUUAAAAUUUUUUAUCUUUCUUAAUAGCAGUAUUUUUUUAAAAAAAAGAGAAUAAAUUGAAAGAGUAAAUGAGGCAGAAUGCCACUCCACCCUCAGGGCAAUUUUGUGGUUUAUUAAAAUGCCAGUAAUAUUUGUGCCACUUGCCAGCUUGGGAAGGGGGAGGGCUUUUCCCUUAAUGGAUGCUCAUGAUGUGAUUUUUGACUGUAUUGUUACAUUGCUUAGAGAGUGUCUACCAUGAGAAAUUGCCACUGUAGUACUAAUUAGCUUUUGGAAAGAAUUAUAAAGAACUGAGAGUCAAACCACUUUCAUCACUCAAACCAUAGGCACUAAUUCUUUAGCAUUUCUUCUGUGGCUUAGAUGUGUGCAAAUGUAUUCAAAGCAUCCUGUGCAAAUUUCACCAGUAUUUAACCUGCUGAAAAUUCAAACUAGUCUCUUUCUCUCUCUCUCCUGAGUCACAGUGGUUUUUCCAUAAGGGACUGUCUGUGUUCUUUUGUUCUCUUGAGCUUUGGUUAGCGAUGGUGAACUGUGAUCAGCAGUUGUGAGUCUCCAGUGCAUGAUGCAGUCACUAAAUGGUGUGCUGUCUGUGGGUAUUAAUAACUGGAACUGUACUCACAAGAACAGGACACUUUCUCCUCUGGUGGUUAGUAGUCCUUUACUAUAUUAUAGUAGGUGGGUGUGAUGCCUGCAAGUAGAUACACCGAAGCGUAUGUCCUCCACGAUUGUAACCUGAAAGACCAUGUAUUAUCUUUUUAUUCCAUAUUGGUGUUUGUGUUAUUUAAAAUGGAAAAUUAUACUCCAUCUAGUAGUAUGAUAAUAGAAUACUCCGCUGUGCACAAUUCCAAGUGCCUUAGAACAUUGUUUAGCUUUCAUAAGUAUAUGCAUAUGCAUAGAUGUGUGUAUAAAACUGGGAAAUGUUACCUCAAUAAAAUCAUUGGG